AAAAAAAAAAACGGGGGGUUUAUUUGGUUGUCAUCCGAAACGGGUCCUCUCUAUCUUGCCAACUGCGCCUCUGACCACCAAUUUGUUCAUUGACGACAUAGCCGUCACUGACAUCCCUAGACCUAGUAUCGUUUCUUCUGCAUCAGACUGGAUCAUCGCCAUGACGACCACGGAUUUUGAUCCCAUAUUUUCGCGUAUCCUGCGUGGUGUUGUGACCGUCUCACGGGUGCAGAAGCUUGCACAUCCUGUGCCGUCUUUACCGCGUGGCGGACCUCGAUAACCGGCGGGGAGGUCGGCAUCAUGAAGCUUGUUUGUAUGGCUUGUACGCAAAGGAAAAAAUCCCAAGCUCUAAAAGAUCUUGCAUCUGAACCAUGCGGCUAUUUCAGAUCGGAAAUUAGUUUGCUUCGCGAUCUCUCACUCGUUUCAUCCUUGGGCUCUUCUGUAAUCAUGUCGAGUUUCUCGAGCAUAGAGGAGGCGACGAAACAAGAUUCGCCAUUGGAAAAGGAGCUGAUUCCCAUUGCCGAAGACGUGGAGGGAGUAUCACAAGGCCCUAUCGUGCGCGUUGCGACCACGCCGCCUGCACCACUUACGGAACUCGACAAAGGCUUGAUCGCAUGGGAUUCACUCAAAGACCCUCAGAACCCGCUUUACUGGCCCACUAGGAAGCGUUUGGUAAACAUGAUCCUUAUCAGCUGUCUCACUUUUAUCAGCCCGCUAGGUUCAUCCAUCUUCGCGCCUGGCAUCGAUCUAACUCUUAAAGACCUGCACACGUCUUCAAAAGCAAUUGGAUCAUUCAUGAUUACCAUCUUCUUGCUCGGCUACUGUUUAGGUCCCAUGUUCCUUGGCCCUCUAAGCGAAAUCUUUGGACGACGACCGAUAAUAUUGAUCUCGAGCUGGUUGUUCACUCUUUUCCUUCUCGGCUGUAGCUUCGUCAAAAACAUGGCAGGGCUCAUUGUACUGCGUUUCUUUGCCGGUACUGCUGGCUCGGCAGUAAUGAAUCUCGCACCUGCGAUUGUCGCAGAUCUAUAUCCCAUUGAGCGUCGCUCGUUUUCCAUGGCUAUCGUCUUGAUCGUGCAAUCUGUUUCACCCGCAGCGGGUCCGAUCUGCGGCGGCUUUAUUGCCCAACAGUUGAGCUGGCGCUGGACGUAUUGGAUUCUAACCAUGGCCAGCGGCGUGGUAACCACCUUUGCAAUGCUCCUCUUCCGAGAAUGUUACGCUCCUGCUGUUCUUGCUAAGAAGACGAUUCGCUUGCGAAAAGAACUCAGACGGGAGGACCUGCAUUCCAAACUUGCGCUACGUGUGACCCGAAAAGAGCUCUUGAAGCGUAGUUUGAUUCGUCCGAUCAAACUGCUGACACGUUCCCCCGUCGCUUUCCUCAACGCGUUGUACGUUGCGACAAACUACGGCAUGCUCUAUUUGCUCCUCACAACCAUCACUCAGCUCUUCGUCGACCAGUACGGCUUCUCGAUCCAGAUUGCUGGCUUGACAUACAUCGGCUUCGCCGCGGGCAUGGUCCUUGCGCUUCUCAUUCUCAUGAACACGCAAGAUCGGACCGUGGCCAAGCUACGGGCGCGAAAUAACGGCGUGUUCGAGCCAGAGAUGCGGUUAACGAACCUCAUCUUUGUGGCCAUGUGGGUCGGACCCGCACUUAUCAUGUAUGGAUUUACGGCCAAGUACCAGGUUCACUGGAUCGCUCCUGUUAUCGCUCUAUUUUUGUUUGGCUUUGGCCAGGUGGCUAUCUUCAUGGGCACACAAACAUACGUUGUCGACAGCUUUAGCCAAUAUGCGGCAAGUGCGGUGGCGUCUGUAAGCUUCUUGAGGAGUCUGGUCGGAACCUUUUUGCCAUUCGCUGGUCCUCCUCUUUAUGAUACCCUUGGCGUAGACUGGGGCAAUGCAGUUCUUGGAUUCAUUGCGAUUUCAUUGACGCCAAUGAUUAUAUUAUUUAAACGAUACGGACGAACCAUUCGGUUAAAAUUUCCGGUAGAAUUAUAAAAGCGCGCAAUUAAAAAUAGACCAUUCGAGAUUUAUUUUAAUGCCUCAGAACUCAUGUAUCGAUUCGAUUAGCCUUUCUAACAUGGCGAAAGGCUAUUUAUCAUGCGUUUGGACGCUAUUGAAGCACAACACCAUUGACGCGUAAUACAGAAGUGAGCUCUAACCUAUCGAUGGUAUUCACCCUCACUUCGUUUGAUUCAUUGAUCCUAGUCCGCCAUCUUCAGUUCAUAUGUGAAGCAGUCAAUCUGCUCCAAGAUAUGCCACACUUGAUGACUCUGACCCUUUGCCUGAGAGUGCAUCUCUGCUAUAAUGUUCGACCGAUCCCUCGCGUACCUGAUCACCUUGUCGAUUUGCUCAUCGCUGAGGAGAUUCGCUGAUUCCGCAUACUCAAUGAAGAUUUUGCGCCAGAUAGCUGUGGGUAAAUUCAUCGGGUUGGCCGGAUCGUACAUCGCGCCCUUAUCUGUCGAGGCAGGCGUAGCCACAUUCAAACUACUGUUGUUGUCAUUACCUUGGGAAUGAAUUUGAGAUACAUGGUCAGCUUGUGCACUCUUCACUUGCUUGCUGGGGUAACCGACCACUACUGGAAUCCGACUCGUUUUUGUCCUCGCGAUAGCACAGUUUACUCUACUGGCAUUUGUGACUUGCUCCAUGCACUUCCUUGCGAUGAGAAGGGUUGUUUUUUCAGGGACGUCAGGCAUGAUAGACGGCAUAGAUACAUCGGCAACUGUUCUGCUGCCAUGUUUCGGGACAAUUGGAGGUAAAAUAACACGUGCAGCAUACAGAAUCUUCAUCGCGGCGUGC